AUGGCCAUGGCUGAGCAGCCACGGCCUGGGUGGGCGCCGUAUCACAAGCCCCACACCAACAACUGCCAGGAUCUGGGCAACUCUAUCCUGUUGCUGUUGGGCCUCGUCAUCUGCAUUAAUAUUGGCAUCAAUAUGGUGACCCUGCUCUGGCGCAGACUCCGUUAUUUCUUACGCCAAGUGUUCCAUAUUAUUUGUGUGAAAGAAGCUCUUAAGUCAACCUCAUCUGGGAAAAAGAACACCAGUCAGCCCUCGAGAAAACAAAGCCCACCUGCAGUCCACCUUCGAUGCACCAUGGACCCUGUGAAAAUGACUGUGACCCCCCCACCCACUCGCCGCCAUCGCCAUCAAGACACUCCAGUGCACUGUGCCCACCAUCCAGUUGACUUGACCCCUGACACUGACAAUGAGAAGCCCCUGCCUCAGCACAGAGCAAUCUGCUCCCACAACUGGGAUUGCCCUGCGGACUGGGAAGGUUUCCAGUCGACCCAGGGGAUCUGCGAUUCCUGGACUCAGGACACCAUGGAAUCACCUCCCCAGACCAUCCGCUUCCAGCAGACCGUAGGGGGAAGGCCCCUCAAAGCAGAGAUCCAGUCAGAGGUGGGCCUAGAGGCCUACGUGUAUCCUGUGAACCCCCCACCUCCCAGUCAUGAGGCCCUGACCCACAAGAACAGUGGGGUGGAGGCAGAGGAGGAGGCCCCUCCCUGUUCACCGGCCCCACCGCUGGUCCUGGGCCCAGCUGUAGUCCCUGACAUCCCCCGGCACCGCUCCUCAGGCCGUGUGGCUUAUGAUGCCCGUGACGUGAGGCGGCGGCUACGGGAGCUGACACGGGAGAUAGAGGCCCUGUCUCACUGUUACCCCCUGGCCUCCAGGUCCAGUACUGCCGAAGGGACAGGCCAGGGCUGGGUUUACCGUUCUCUGGCAGGGAGGUAA